AUGCCGCCACGGAUAGUAUCGCCGCUGCAUGCUGCGACAUGCUGUAGCCGCGCCCUCCGCCCCUCCACGAACCCAACGAGCCUCGUCUCCCUCUUCGCUGGCCUGUCUAUCGGCACCCGCAAUGCUUCCAUCCUCGCCAGCCUGAGCGACAACAAGGGAGCUUACAACAAGCGCAUCAGACUCGGUCGUGGUCCUUCUGCCGGCAAGGGCAAGACGUCCGGAAGAGGUCACAAGGGUCAGGGACAGCAUGGCCACGUCAAGCCGUGGUUCCAAGGUGGUCAGACACCGUUGAUCGUGCAAAGGGGAACGAAGGGUUUCGACAACAAGCGCGCUCCCGUCAUGUCCAAAUUGAACCUCGACAAGCUCCAACAAUGGAUCGACGCCGGCCGCCUGGAUCCUACGAAGCAAAUCACCGUCAAGGAAAUCAUCGAGUCGGGCCUCAUCGGCAGCGUCAAGGACGGCAUCAAGCUCCUCGGCCGCGGCAAGACCGACCUCCGCCAGCCCAUCGACAUCAUGGUCUCGCGCGCCUCCGCCUCCGCCAUUGACGCCGUCGAGGGCAACGGCGGCAAGAUCCUCACCAGGUUCUACACCAAGCAGUCCAUCAAGCGCCUCCUCCGAGGCGAGUCCCAGAACACGGAUAAGCCCCUGCCCGUCGGCAAGGAGUACGUCGAGAGCAUCCUCUCCGAGGCCCGCAAGAAGACGUUCCUCUACAGAUUGCCCGACCCCACGAGCCGUGAGGAUAUUGAGUACUACCGCGACCCCGCCCACCGCGGUUACUUGAGCCACUUGCUCAAGGAGGGCGAGUCACCGUCUUUGUACUUCAAGGUGCCGCUUGCGAGAAAGCGCAUCGAGCACGCCGACAAGGAGUCGCGCAAGGAGACUAAGAAGGUUACCCGCGACAACACCCUCUGGUAG